AUGCCGGCAAGAGACGCGAACCCGAACGUGCGCAUCUCGCAGUCGCAGAUGCCGUCACAAGACGACGACCAGAGCUUGAAGACGUGGCGUCGCCGGCACAGCUAUCGUGGUCGUGAUGGUUUCGACUCGGGUGCUUUUGCCGGCUCGAAUGCUGUGUUCUGUCGCCAAGCCUUCGACUCGAUUGGUGUCAUUCAGUACCGUACUCAGUCUGACGAUGCGUUUACGGGGAACGUGGUCCACACUUCUGGUUGUAAUCGGUGUACUUCCGCAUGGAUUUUUGAGGGCGAUGCCAAGGGUCGUAUUCGAUUGUGCGGUGGUGCUAUUCAUGAGACAGUGGAUCUUGCUAUGGGUCAGAAGAAGGAUUGGGCAAAGGGUGGUGUGCAGAUUCUGCUGAUGCAAAAUGAGCGCGAUGUCGACCCAGACUGGCGUCUGCCGCGCGUGCCUUCCCCGAGCCUGAAGCCAUCUCUUGCGUUCCCGCGCAAGAUGUUUAUCUACGACUCGGUGAUGUACCCGUUUUUGGAUCGAUUCCUGCCCGGAGUUACGUGGCUAUCGCCGUCUACUACUUGUGCAUGGGAGACGCGCCGAUCUACGCUCGUGGAAAGAAGAUCCUCAGGCAUGGCUUUCGUUCUCGUUUAUUACGAUGAUGUCAGUUUUGAGGCCAUCCAGGCGCGUGUGACGGGUAAGGACAAGUCAAGGGCAAGCAUGGGUGCUGGUCAGAAGACGCCCCAGUACAUCAUGGUCAAGAUGAGUAUUCCCGAGUACUUCGGCUGGGACCAUACUGCUGCCACCUUUACUGCGAAUGUGUUUGGCUCAUUGCUCGUGGUCUACAGUGUGGUCUUCGUGCAGCUAUGGCAAGUCUACUACGCGGGCAAUUUCCAAGUGGCCCAAUAUAACGGGGCAGCCCGUUACAUGGAAUUGUCACUUUAA